AUGAAAGGCAUGGCUGAGGGAAAUGGCUCCUCAGGAACAGAUUUUGUUCUUUUGGGCUUUACAGAGCAACGUGAGCUUCAGGUUUUGUGCUUCAUCUUGUUCUUGGCUAUUUAUUGUUUCACUGUGGUUGGGAAUCUCAGCAUGAUUGUGUUAAUCAGGAUGGAUCCCCGGCUUCACACACCCAUGUAUUUUUUCCUAACUCAGCUUUCCCUCUUAGACUUGUGCUACUCUACCACAAUUGUUCCCAAGACCCUGGCGAAUUUCAUAACCGACCGCAAAUCCAUUUCUUUUGCUGGAUGCGCUAUUCAGUUGUUCUGCUUUGCAGCCUGUGCAACCACUGAAUGCUACCUGCUGGCUGCCAUGGCCUAUGACCGUUAUGUGGCUGUUUGCAACCCUCUGCUGUACACAGCUCUCAUGUCACAGACGAUCUGCAUGAGGUUAGUGGCUGGGGCGUACAUUGUCGGUGUGAUUGGUUCAGCCACACACACCAUCUCUAUAUUUCGCUUGCCAUUCUGCCGUUCUCACAGGCUCAACCACUUCUUCUGCGAUGGACCUCCACUCCUAACUCUGGCUUGUUCGGACACACAUUUCAAUGAGAUGCUUCUUUUUGCUGUUGUUGGGUGUAACAUCUUAAUCACCACAGCUAUCAUUCUGGCAUCCUAUUCAUCGGUCCUCAACACAGUCCUGAAGAUCCGUACCGUGGAGGGAAGGCACAAAGCUUUCUCCACAUGUGCCUCUCAUUUGGCCUCUGUUACACUGUUUUAUGGGAGCUCCCUCUUCAUGUAUUCCCGGCCCAGCUGCAGCUAUUCCCCGGAUCAGGACAAGGUGGUCUCAGUGAUGUACUCAGUUACGAUACCCAUGCUGAACCCUCUCAUCUACAGCAUGAGGAACAAGGAAGUGAAAGAUGCUGCCAAAAACCAUCUAAAGAAUGAUGUUGAUCUCUCUCAUCUGACUGCAUUGAGGAGCACCUAUUUUGCCUUCAGGG